CGAGGCGUUGUUUUUCCCACCAGUAUGCUGAACGGUCCCGCCUCCUGAUUGGCUGGUAAUAUCUCCGAGCUGCUCUGAGUGAGAACUACAAGCCAAUCGCAGCGCAGAGGGCGGAAUUUGUCGGAAUACAGGUGGGGACUAACGACCCGGCGAACCAAAACAUUGGUGCGAACAAACCACAUGUCAUGCUAGACUGUAUACAAGCGCCUAUUUCCGCUAUUUCUGAUAUGUUUUAGCAAGUUUCAUAACUAAAUAGAUGCUGUCUCUAUCCUUUUAGACGAUAUGGCUGUUGCAGAACUGGUUGCAAAGUGCUUGCAGGCAAGGGAAAUGGCUUAUUGUCCAUAUAGCCGCUUUCCAGUUGGUGCUGCGAUCUUGACAUCAGGAGGCACCAUAAUCACAGGCUGUAACGUAGAAAACGCUUCCUACGGCCUUACAGUAUGUGCAGAGAGAACAGCUAUACAGAGAGCUGUAGCUGAGGGCCACAGAAGUUUUACAGCUAUAGCAGUUACAUGCGAUAUUAAAGAUAGUUUUGUAGGACCCUGUGGGGCCUGUCGACAAGUACUAAUGGAGUUUGGUACAGAAUGGGAUAUUUACCUGACCAAACCAGAUGGUUCCUAUAAGAAAACAAGCCUGCGGGACUUGCUGCCUUUAGCAUUCAGCCCAGCUCACCUGGCAAAAGACUGAGUUUUUAAAAGCCGCUUGGAAUUUUCUUUGUACUUUUAGUCCACAAAUGGACAGCUUUUCUGAGCCAGUAACUUCUCCGAAAAUGUUUGCAGUGUUGAGUGUAUGAGACCUUGCACAAGUUUCUUUUUUUUUGGCUAUACUGAAUCACUUAUUGUAAACUGACCUGAGCCUUUGGCCAUUUGUCAUUCCAUAUCCUUUUAAUUAAGUAGGCAAAAUAACUAGAUGAAAUCUUAAAUGCACUAAUUUUUCACAUUUUUUGUUUAUACUUUGUGGUGAGUUAAAAGAUAAUGCUAUAAUUCUGAAUACACUUGUAUUAACCAAUAAAAGUUUCAC